GCGUCUUGAACCCGUAAGAUAGUUCCACAAUGCAGCCUCUUACAUUUCUUACCGUAGCAUCUUUGCUAGCUGUUGUUCUGGGUGAAGUGGCAGUUUUUAAGAAAUGUGAACCAGCUGCAGACGACAUAUGCACGAUCUCCGAGGUCAGGAUUACACCGUGUAAAAGUGAUAAGGUCUGCAAGUUGAAAAAGGGCGAACUGCACUCGAUAUCCUUUGACUUCGUGCCAAACUUCACAACACAAAAGCUGAAGACGGGGGUGUUCUGGGCGAACGGCGCAGUUGACGUCCCGUUCGCGGAGCUGCAAGAAGCUGACGGCUGCCAGUACACUACCUGCCCCACGGAGGCUGGCAAGUCGCAGCAGUUGAAUUACAGUCUCAGGAUCGGGAAAAAGUUGCCAAGUGGUAAAUUUCAACUGAAAUGGAAAGUGUGGAACGAAGAAAACAGUGAUCAGUACUGCUGCUUUUUAUCGAACAUCCGAAUCAUGAAGUGAUUCAGGUCACAUUAACGUGUACAUUAAUAAUUAUAUCUGUAACU